CGGCACUGCGAGGUGAAGGCAGCGGAUCUCAACGCCAGCGGCGUGAACACGGCCGCUGACGCGAUGGAGAACACUACGGAGGAGUCGGGAAAAGGCCCGCGAGCGUAAGGGCCCCGGCCUUACUGCUCGCAGGCACAGGACCGGGUAAGACGGCGAGGAAGCCGUUGGUGGAACGGCAAGGACGGCGGCGAGAUGGCGGUCGAGACGAAGGCCGUGGUCGAGGACGCGGACGACCCCGAGGACAGCGAGGAACGAGGGCGCUUCGAGUCUGGGGAUGGCGCGGCGGAGAAUGGCGCGCGGGAGGGCGGCGGAGAGACCGACGGUACGAGCGGAACUGGGGAUGGCGCGAGAAGCGCUGGACUCAGCGAAGAACGGAAUGAGCGGCUUAAGACCGGGGAUGACGCCGAACGGCAAGUGGCGGUGGCCUCCCAGCCUAACGCCAAGGACAGCAACACCGGAGCGUCGACGAAAAAGCGCGUGCAGUUCGCGGACAACGCGGAGGGCGUCGACGAAAAGCCGUCGGCGAAGGACGCGAAGAGCACCACGGAGGCGACAGACAGCUGCGCCGCGGUGGCGGACCACGGUGGUGGGGCUGUGAACGCGAUGGUGGUCCAGCGCGCGGAAGGGAAGCGCGUGGUGAUCGACUACGGCAAGUUGAGGACGACGGACGGCGGUUGGAUCGACGGCAGGCCGGACGAGGAAGAACUACGGAAGAAGGUGGACGCGCAGCUGGCAGCAGCGCUGGCGGCGUUCGAGCAGUCAGUAGAUCGGUCAACGCGGGUGGCUAUGAGUACGAAGGGCUUGAAGGACCCCGCGGACGAGAUGAGUGCGGGAGGCACGAGCAGGGGAGGCACCAACAGCGCGACGGACGACACGCUGAAGGCGGAGCUGCGCGUGCGUGACAAGGAACAAGGGCUAGUAUUGCUGGCGGCUGGUGCAGACAGAGCUACUGGGGUUCAUGCUGGUGAAGAAGCCGAUGGUGACAAGAGAGGCGCUGCGCGACGAAGUGGCGAAGGGCAAGACGAGCACGUGCGCGUCGGAGAAGCUGUCGACGGUGACGAAGACGCAGAGGGUCGCGACGAACAAGGUGCGGUGGUGGAUAUGCUGCGCGGACGAGGACGAGCACGAUGGCAGCCGCCAAUGCCGGAGCUCCUGCAAGUGGAGACCGCUGGCUACAUUGUUGAACGAGCACGCCGGCGAGUGAGCAACCGCGCAGGCCGCUACGUGCGUGAGCACCAAGUGGAGUACAGCACUGGGCCAGAACGACCAGAGGGACGGCGAUGGCUCACGGAAGCAGCGUUCGAGCAGCUCGAAGAUGCUGCCAAGGUCGAGGACGACCUUGGAACCGGUGAUGGCGUGUAGUAGGAUGGCCUGUCACGUGACGAAGGGCCACGAACAGGCAGCGCC